GCCUGAGCUGCCCAGGUUGGCUGCAAAAAGGGGUUUGAGCGGCCACCAAUGCCAGUUCAAAACACAGUGUCGUCUCUGGAUUUGGGUGCAAGCACCAAGGCCACGACCAAUAUGGAUACGCAGAGUUCAUUCGGGAGAGACGCGCUCUCGAUACAUCGUUGGCAGGAACAAAUGACAGAUCCCUCCGAAAAGAUCGAAGACGCAGACAUGGCAUCGACGGCCACAAAGUUUGAGCCACAGGGUGGGGAGGAUCAAUUUGCAGAGCUUGUGCGAAGCUCGACUGAAAUCAUGCACUCCUACAAUCUUUUCAUCGACAUCGAUCAGCCUUCUCUGAAUCCAACGUCCCCAGAGUUCAACAAGAAGAAGUGGGCCAAGACCUUUUUCUAUGCCAUCAGGAACGACAAUCUCCGCUACCCUCAGCGGACUGCUGGGGUUUCUUUCCAGAAGCUCAACGUUUCUGGGCGGCAGUCAUCGACAGGUUAUCAAAAAAGUGUGAUUAGUGCCGUCGUGGACAUCCCAAGGGCAAUAGUUCAGGCCGCGAGCAACCGGAGCCGAACAGUACAAAUCCUGAAAGACUUUGAAGGACUGGUCAAGAGCGGUGAAAUGCUCGUUGUCCUUGGUCGACCAGGAAGUGGUGCAUCAACCUUCCUGAAAUCGAUAGCCGGAGAGGUGCACGGCUUGUAUAUGGAUGCAGGAUCAGAUAUCAAUUAUCAAGGCAUUCCAUGGGAAGUCAUGCAUCAACGAUAUCGGGGAGAAGUCGUUUACCAGGCAGAAACCGAUGUCCACUUCCCACAUCUGACAGUUGGCCAAACAUUGCUAUUCGACGCACUCGCCAAAACUCCAAGAAAUCGGCUUCCUGGAGUCACCCGCAAGAAGCAUGCACAGGUCAUCAGGGAUGUUGUCAUGGCAGUGUUUGGUCUCACCCAUACGGUUAAUACCAGGGUGGGAAACGACUAUGUCCGGGGUGUCAGUGGUGGUGAGCGAAAGCGUGUGAGCAUUGCUGAGGUUGCUCUCACCCGAAGUCCGCUUCAAUGCUGGGACAAUAGCACUCGAGGACUCGACAGUGCAACAGCCCUUGAAUUUGUGAAAACUCUCCGACUCUCAGCAGAGCUGGCCGACUCAACAGCGAUCGUCGCAAUCUACCAGGCUUCCCAAGACGCUUAUGAUGCUUUUGACAAAGUGAUCUUGCUUUAUGAAGGCAGGCAAAUAUACUUCGGUCGUACAGAGACAGCAAAGAAAUACUUCACCGAUAUGGGCUUCUAUUGUCCCGAGCGACAGACAACCGCCGACUUCCUCACUUCUCUCACAAGCCCAUCCGAACGGAUCGUCAAGCUUGGGUUUGAGAACAAAGUACCUCGCACGCCAGACGAUUUUGCUCAAGCAUGGCAGCGCAGCAAGGAGAGGGAAACCCUUCUCCAGGAAAUCGCAGCCUUUAACAGAGAAUUUCCACUUAAUGGUCCCUCUGUUCACAAGUUCAAACAGUCAAAGAGGGCCGAGCAGGCUGCUUUAACGCUCCCCCAAUCUCCCUACACUAUUUCGAUACCGAUGCAAAUGGACCUAUGCAUAACCCGUGGAUUCCAAAGAUUGCUCGGUAACAAGGACUUUUUCCUCAUCACAAUAAUCGGGAACCUGAUCAUCUCGCUGGUUCUCGGAAGCAUCUUCUAUAACCUGUCUCCAAGCACCACAAGCAUUACCCCCAGAGGUACCUUGAUCUAUUUUGCCGUGCUUUUCAACGCCUUGAACAGUGCUCUGGAAGUUUUCUCGUUGUAUGAACAGCGACCCAUCGUCGAGAAGCAAUCGAGAUAUGCGCUCUACCACCCAUUCUGCGAAGCCAUUUCGUCCAUUAUAACGGAGCUACCCAACAAGAUCCUCUCGGCGAUUGCGUUCAACGUACCCUUGUAUUUCCUGGCAGAUUUACGGAGAGAGUCGGGAGCCUUUUUCAUUUUCCUAUUGUUCGGAUUCACCUCUACUCUUGCCAUGUCGAUGGUAUUCCGGACCAUCGCUCAGACGACUAAAACUAUCCAUCAGGCACUCACCCCUAGUGCAUUCUUUGUACUGGCUCUGGUGAUCUACACCGGAUAUAUCGUCCCCACCUCGGAGAUGCAGGACUGGCUACGCUGGAUCAACUACCUGGAUCCCAUAGCCUACGGCUAUGAAAGUCUUAUGGUCAACGAAUUCCACGGCCGUCAAUUCCCCUGCGCCCAAUUCGUCCCUGCUGGCCCCACAUAUCAAAAUACAACUGGGCUUGAGCGUGCAUGUACUGCGAGUGGAGCACUUCCAGGGUCGGAUUACGUGGAUGGUUCCUACUAUAUUGAUGCCGUCUUUGGGUACCGUCACUCGCAUCUCUGGAGGAACUUUGGCAUUCUGAUCGCAUUCAUCGUCUUCUUCAUGGCUACUUACCUUAUUGCGGCCGAGUACAUCCACAGCGAACGCUCCAAAGGCGAGGUCCUUGUCUUUCGACGCGGCCACGCGCCUAAAUCGAUGGCGACAUUGGCACAGGACGAGGAAUCGGCCGAUAAAUCCCUCCCUGACGACCGGAUUUUCGACUCUACCGGCACAGACACCGGCAGCCAAUUUCGUACCGGGGCUCUCAAACAGACUUCGACGUUCCAUUGGAGAGAUGUCUCGUACGAGGUUUCGAUCAAAGGCAAACCUCGACAGAUCUUGAAUGAGGUUAAUGGCUGGAUAAAACCGGGAUCCCUAACGGCCCUGAUGGGUGCCUCCGGUGCUGGCAAAACCACGCUUCUAGACGUUCUUGGAAGCAGGGUCACGAUGGGGGUUGUCACCGGCCACAUGCUGGUAGAUGGCUCUCCACGAGAUCGAUCGUUUCAAAGGAAGACAGGUUAUGUGGGUCAGCAAGAUCUUCACUUGGCCACCUCUACGGUCAGAGAGUCUUUGCGUUUCAGUGCCUUGCUGCGGCAGCCGGAAAGCGUCAGCGUCGAGGAGAAGCUCGCCCACGUUGAGAAUGUCAUCGAAUUGUUGGAGAUGAAAGCCUAUGCUGAGGCGAUAGUUGGCGUUCCUGGCGAAGGUCUAAACGUCGAGCAAAGAAAACGCCUGACAAUCGGAGUCGAGCUUGCUGCUAAGCCAGAUCUACUCCUCUUUGUUGACGAGCCUACUUCCGGCCUUGACAGCCAAACGGCAUGGUCGGUUACGACUUUACUAAAGAAGCUUUCCGACAAUGGCCAGGCCAUUUUGUGUACCAUUCAUCAACCAUCGGCAAUGCUCUUCCAGCAGUUCGACCGCCUCCUUCUCCUUGCCGAAGGAGGGAAAACAGUGUACUUCGGUGACAUUGGCGAGGAAUCAGAAACUCUUACGAGCUACUUCGAGAAGUACGGUGCUCGGGCAUGUGACCCAGCUGAAAACCCGGCGGAAUGGAUGUUGGAAGUCAUCGGCGCCGCGCCUGGCUCACAGGCCAUUCGAGAUUGGCCGGAAACUUGGCGAUCCAGCCAUGAGCAUGCCGAAGUCCUACGCGAGCUGUUGGAUCUCGAGUCACACGCGCGCGAGCGCGAAGCUGCUACAAAGGAAGGGUCGGCAUCGCGAACGACGACAAUCAAGGCAACUCAGUUUGCUGCACCUCUCGUUGACCAGAUGCGCCUAUGCACACAAAGGGUUUUUCAACAAUAUUGGCGUACCCCGUCCUACAUCUACUCCAAACUAUUCCUAUGUCUGGCGACUAGCAUCUUCAUUGGCGCCUCAUUUUAUGAUGCCGACAUCACGAUCCAAGGCCUACAGAACCAAAUGUUUGCGAUUUUCAUGAUCAUGGUGAUCUUGGCCUUUCUGGUGUACCAAACCAUGCCCAACUUUGUCACUCAGCGCGACCUGUACGAAGUGCGAGAACGACCGGCAAACACUUACGCAUGGUACAUCUUCAUGUGCGCCAACGUGGUCGUCGAGCUCGCCUGGAACACGGUGGCGGCCCCAUUGAUCUUUUUCCCCUUUUACUACCUCGUCGGGAUGACCCAUAACGCCCAACCGGCCCACCAGGUCGGCGAACGUGGUGCGCUGAUGUUCCUCCUCACCUGGUGUUUCACCCUUUUCACCGCCACAUUUGCAGACUUGAUCAUCGCCGGGUUGCCGACGGCGGAAAUCGGAGCCAUCAUCGCCCUGGUUCUGUUCUCACUCUGUCUGAUAUUCUGCGGUGUCAUCGCCACUCCAAGUGCCCUGCCCGGGUUUUGGAUCUUCAUGUACAGAGUUUCGCCGCUCACCUAUCUCAUCGGCGGCUUCCUCUCCACCGGCCUGGCCAACAACGAGGUUCAAUGCUCACUCCUGGAGAUGUCGAGACUGGAGCCGCCCCGCGGUCAAACCUGUGGAGAAUAUUUGGCAACAUACAUGCAGCUCGCCGGAGGGAGUCUCUCCAAUCCCAAUGCGACCGAGCAUUGUGAAUUCUGCCCGAUCGCUUCCACCAACACAUUUCUGGCGUCGGUGUCGUCUUACUACGGCGAGAGAUGGCGAAACUUUGGAAUCAUGUGGGCGUUUAUCAUUUUCAACAUCGCCGGGGCGUUUUUCCUGUAUUGGCUUGCCAGGGUGCCCAAAAAGGAUCUGAGCGACCGGCUUCGGUUCAGAUCACUUGCAGCACGAGAGUAGCUAACUUUGCCAGCUUUGCGAAUGCCAUUUGGGACGAACCGUUGAGAAACCCAGGCGAAUGGAAAAUUCUAAGCACACAACAUAUGUUUUCCCUUUUUGUUGAGUGAGCGAGGUCAAAUCUUUGGUUCGAUUUCAAGGGCUCUGGGUAUAUAGGUAUAUAGACAGCAGUGACGCUGUUCACAUUGCGGGAGGAUAAAAAGUGGCCGAGACUAUGGCUAAUUGAG